GGAUAGUCUAUUUAGACGGUGUUUUAUUUAAAAGUUGAUGACUGCGUGUUUUUAGAAUCAGUUGAAAUUCACGUUUUCUUCAUUCAUACUCCUCCCCCGCUUCUUCUCCUCGCACCCCAAGUCUUCAAAGAGGCGAAACGUUUGUUCCGAAGUUUUAUGGACCCAGAAGAAAGUUCUGCUCAGAACUGUGGGACUAGUUUUGUUACCAAUAAUAUGAAAGGCUCCGAGUUUAGCCCGGAAAAGAAAAAAAAGGUUAAAGUACCAGCGAGGAGACUUCGUGAGGUAGUUUCUCCAAAUCAGGGAGAUACUUUGGCUUUGCUGAAAGAUGCGUUGUCCUGUGUUCCUCCAGCGUUGUCUGCAAAUAAACGUCUUCCUGCUGGAACGGGGGCUGGCUUGAAUGGAACGUCACGUGAUUCAUCAGACUUAUCCUUGGCUAGAAAUUACCAGCAGCCUCCAUUAGAAAAUCCUGCUGUGUCAGAAAGUGAUUUUUCUAAAGAUGUUGCAGUACAAGGGUUGCCUUUGGAUAAAAUGGAAGAGAGCAACAGACAAAAAGCAAAUGACAUCUUUAUUUCUCAAUACACUAUGGGACAAAAAGAUGCUCUAAGAGCAGUUUUAAAGCAAAAAGCUCAAAGCAUGCCUGUUUUUAAGGAAGUAAAAGUACAGCUUUUAGAAGAUGCAGGCACAGAAAAGGAUAUUAUUCCGCAGGAGACUAGAACUUCACCUAGUGGAAUUGACUCAGCUACUGCUGUGGCUGCAGCCACUGCCGCCGCCAUUGCAACAGCAGCGCCACUGAUAAAAGUACAGAGUGAUUUGGAAGCAAAAGUCAAUUCUGUUACAGAAUUACUCAGUAAGUUACAGGAGACUGAUAAACAGUUACGACGUGUUACAGAGCAGCAAACAAGCAUUCAGAAUAAGCAUGAGAAACUACAUUGUCAUGAUCAUGAAAAGCAAAUGAACCUGUUUAUGGAGCAGCACAUUAGGCAUCUUGAAAAGUUACAACAACAACAACUGGAUAUGCAGACUCAUUUCAUUAGUGCUGCGCUCAAGACUGGUAAUUUUCAGCCUGUUACUACGCCUCCUCCUAGAGCAGUGGAAAAAUAUUCUGUAAAACCAGAACAUUUGAAUCUUGGUAGCAGUAAUCUAUCUUCAUAUAAUACAUUUGCUUCCAAACAAGCACCUUCAAGAGAGGUUGAAAAUAAGAGUUUUGAUAAACAGAAAUCUCCUUUGGAGACACCAGCACCUCGCAGGUUUGCUCCUAUACCUGUUUCAAAGGACGAUAAAAUAUCAAAGAGGGAAAGUCGUUUGGAAGAAAAAGAAAAUAUCGAGAUGUCAGGUCAUACAGGAAAUGUAAGACUAUUGGAGCAAAUUUUGAAUAAUCAUGAGUCUUUGACAAGAAAAAGUGAAUCUUCAGACAAAAGCUCGCUAACUAGGUCAAAAACAGGAUGGAAUCCUGAGAGGAGAGACAGCACUGUCACUCUGUCCUCUCAAAGAUUUCCUUCCUAUGAAGAACUAGGAACAGCUAAAGUGACUGUGCACAAGUCUGAUGAUAUUCUUUAUGAUCUUGGCCAAAAGAGGAAAGAAACAAAUGGUGUACUCCAGCCAAAAGAAUCUCUGAUUAUGUCGAGCCUUGCCGAUCUUUCACAGAAUUCCUUUAAGCUUCAAACAAGCAAUACAAGAUCUGUAUUGAAAGAUGCUGAGAAGAUUUUGAGAGGAGUACAAAACAAUAAAAAAGUACUUGAAGAAAACCUGGAAGCUAUUAUUCGUGCAAAGGACGGAGCUGCCAUGUAUUCGUUUAUCAAUGCCCUGUCUACCAACAGAGAGAUAUCAGAGAAGAUUCGGAUUAGAAAGACAGUGGAUGAGUGGAUUAAAACUAUUUCUGCAGAAAUUCAGGAUGAACUGGCAAGAAAAGAUUAUGAACAAAAGAGGUUUGAUCAGAAGAAUCAAAGGACCAGGAAAGCUCAGAAUAUGAGUAAAGAUAUUAAAACCAACACGCAAGACAAAACAGUAAACAAUUCUGUAAUUCCAAGAAAACAUUCUCAGAAACAAAAAGAGGAGCAUUUUAGAAAUCCACCUGUGAGGAGCAAGCCUGCUUCAAGCUUACAGAAAGAGAGAAAAGAAGGAUUUUUGAAAGCAACCUCAGUGAUACAAGAUGAGGAUUAUAUGUUGCAAAUUUAUGGAAAACCAGUUUAUCAGGGCCAUCGCAGCACUCUUAAAAAAGGACCAUAUCUCAGAUUUAAUUCUCCAUCUCCUAAGUCCAAACCACAAAGACCGAAAUUAAUAGAACGAGUUAAAGGCACUAAAGUAAAGUCGAUAAGAACACAAACUGACUCUUACGCAACAAAACCUGCAAAGAUGGAUUCUAAACUGCAACAUUCUGUUACUAUGGUGCCCCCUGGUGAUCAGCAGUAUUUGUUCAGUCCAAGCCGAGAAAUGCCUACUUUUUCAGGUACACUGGAAGGCCAUCUAAUUCCUAUGGCAAUUCUUUUAGGACAAACCCAAAGUAAUAGUGAUUCCAUGCCACCUGCUGGAGUAAUUGUCAACAAGCCACACCCUGUAACAGUGACUACUUCUAUCCCUCCAUCAUCUCGAAAAACAGAAACUGGAGUGAAGAAACCUAACAUAGCAGUUGUAGAAAUGAGGUCGGAAAAAAAGGAUCCUCCUCAGCUUACUGUGCAGGUAUUACCCAAUGUAGAUAUUGACAGCAUUUCGAAUGGUAGUGCUGAUGUCAGUCCAUCUCUGCCCAGUCCCAAAGAAGCAUCUCCUCCUCCUCUGCAAACCUGGAUACAGACUCCAGAAUUUACGAUGGUAGAUGAAGAGGAGGUGAAGUUUCCAGGAACUAACUUUGAUGAAGUCAUUGAUGUCAUACAGGAAGAGGAAAAAUGUGAUGAAAUUCCAGAAUACUCUGAACCAAUUCUGGAGUUUAACAGAUGUGUUAAAGUUAUUUCCACAAAAUAUAAUGGUCCUCCAUUUCCACCAGUUGCUUCUACUUCUCAGCCCACUGCUGAUAUUCUGGAUAAAGUAAUUCAGAGAAAGGAAACAUUGGAAAAUAGCUUAAUUCAGUGGGUAGAACAAGAAAUAAUGUCAAGAAUUAUCUCUGGGCUCUUGCCGAUCCAACAACAGGCCAUAGCUAAUGACAGUGGUUCAGUCAGUGAUGCGAGUGAACCAUUGACUUCUGACAUUGUGGAAGGAACAAGCAGUGGUGCCCUCCAGCUUUUUGUUGAUGCCGGGGUCCCUGUGAAUUCAGACAUGAUUAGGCAUCUUGUGAAUGAAGCUCUUACUGAGACCAUUGCUGUCAUGCUGGGUGACAGAGAAGCAAAGAAACAAGGUCCUGUUGCUGCAAGUGUUUCUGGGGAUGUUUCAACAAGCAAAACAUACUUGCCGGCAAGAGUGUGUACCCCAGUGGCGACCCCACAACCAACUCCUCCUCGCUCACCUUCUUCACCUCCUAAGGAGUGUGUGUUGGUAAAAACUCCAGAUUCUUCUCCCUGUGAUUCAAAUCAUGAUGUAGCGUUUCCUGUGAAAGAAGUAUUUGCUGAAAAAGGAAAUGAUAUGCCUGCCAUGACACUUGUUAACACUCCGACAGUUACCCCUGCUACCACACCUCCUCCUGCAGCAGCUCUUACCCCAACUCUGGCAGAGGUUUCCACUGAUAAACUGAAGAUAUCAAGCCCAGAGCUUCCCAAGCCAUGGAGUGAUGGAGACCUGCCACUGGAAGAAGAGAAUCCUAACUCUCCGCAAGAAGAACUUUCCCCAAGAGCUAUUGUCAUGUCUGUGGCCAAGGAUGAAGAACCUGAGAGCAUGGAUGUCACUGCUCAGCCUGCACCUCCAAAGCCAGCUCCCUUUAUGCCACUUCCUGCUGGCACCAAGGCCCCUUCCCCCAUACAGGUGCCGAGUUCUGAUUCAUCAACAAUGGAGAGCCCCUUGAGCGUUACUGUCACUGAAACUGAAACUUCAGAUAGACCUAUCUCUGAAGGAGAGAUUUUAUUUAACUGUGGUCAAAAAUUGGCUUCCAAGAUUUUAGGAGAUGGAGGAUUAUAUCUGACAAACCUAGAUGAUAGCUUAUCCAGUACUCUGCGUGAUGCCCUUGAAAUGGAAGAUGAUUCUCCCAGUGAAGGACAAGUGACUAGGAUGCCCCAUAAAAAAUUUCACGCAGACGCAAUUCUUUCUCUUCUUGCUAAAGAAAACCAUGAAUCAUUAGUUUCACAGCAAGCAGUCUAUCAUUCAGAGGACUUGGAAAACAGUGUGGGUGAACUUAGUGAGGGACAAAGGCCCAGGCUGACAGCAGCAGCAGAGAGCAUCUUAAUGGGACUUUCUGUUUGUAUGCAGCCGCCUGUUGCUAAUGCAGAGUCUUUGGAUCAAAAAUGUGCUCCUAAGCCCUUAUCUCAGCAGUUUGACACAGUGACAGGUGGUGUUUAUGAAGAUUCAUGUGCUAGUCAUGGUCCAAUGAGUUUGGGAGAAUUGGAGUUGCAGCCAAAUUCUAACCUUGCUCUUUCCACAACACUUCUGACAACACAGGAAGAUGAUGUUAAGUUAUCAGUAAUGGCUGAAGAUUUUCCUCAGUACCAACAAAAGCAAGACCAAGAUGUUAAGCAAGUUGAACACAAGCCAGUACAAAGUCGUUUAAUACGUGUAAAAAAUAAAUCCAAUAUUUCACUUGCAGAGCAACAAGGUGAAAUGGAUCGGACACAAAUUGAGCCCAAUCUGUACCUCACAUCUGUAUUUACAGGCGGUAAAGCAGUACCACUCUUCACUUCUCAGGCGUCACCUGCCAAGAUGUCUGUGACGCUGCCCUCAGUGAACCUGGAGGAGAGCUCUCAGUCCCAGAGCGUCAGCACCAUCCAGGGGCACAUGGAGUCCUCAGGAGCAGAUACCUUCUGAAUGAGAAG